CGUCAAGAAUUCAGUGGCAUAAUGGCAUUCAAUUCUCUUCACUAUUCCCCAUACACACAGUCCCUCUCUCUCCCACUCUGCUGUAUCGCUUUCUGCAACAAAAUUACUCUCCAGAUUUACUCCUCCCAACACCACCACUCUUUGUCCACAUGACUCCUCCUCCUCCCUCUUUACUAUUCCCCACUCUCUUAUCAACAUUGCCAUACCUCCUCUUCGCCUUCUCCUUGUAAUUUUCUCCGUCCAAUUCCAAAAAUUUAUGCCGCUUAUGCUUCGGAUACAAAGAAAAGACACGAAAGGCCUUUUCCCAACUGAGUUGGCGAGAUGAAGGCCUUUGGGGGCUUCUCAGUUUUGGUGUUGGUGAUAGGGGCUGCUUUCAUCUACCUUUUCUACUCCACCGCCCAAGAUUGCACCUUUUCGAGAUCAGGUGAGCCUUUGACAUGGCAGAGGUGUGGAAUGACUACCACAAUCAAGAACCGGAAGCUAAAGGAUAGUGGUGUCUAUGACAAAAAAAACCUUGAUCAGGAGACAGCUGCAGGAAAGUUGAAUUUGGAAGACUAUGGGCCUAUCGAUCCAGUACCAAGUUCAAAAGCUUCUGUGAGGCCCGGUCCUAUCAAACAUGACACUCCUUUCUUGCCUUACCUUCCUAAACCUCCUGCUCCUCCUCCUAAAGGUGCUUAACCUUGAUGAGCUGACAUGAUCAAUCUCGGAAGCGCCAUUUCUCUCCAUCAAUGUGUAUGCAUUAAGCAUUUAGCAGUUCACAAAUGUAAUCUGAAUAAUUUAAGUAGCUGAGGCAGUUUUAAUUCGUGCGCCAUUUCAGUUUCAUAUGCUCUUGCCUGAAGAGUAAACCUUUAUUUGGUUGAGUGAUUUUCUCAGGAACUGGCUUGUUUGUUUUGGUAUCAUAUUUGGUAUGAAUAAAAAUUUCAUUAUAA